AUUACGCGGUCUAUUAUUAUUAUUUUUAUUAGUAAAUUAGAUUAUAGAUAGACUAGAGACAGUCUAGGCUGGUCUAGGUUUACAAAAGGUAGUACACGUGUCACCUAUUCGGCUCUCUUAUUUUUUACACCUUCAUCUCAUCAUCUCAUUAGAAAGGCAUUUGCGGUAUGUAUAUAUAUUUGAAAGGAGCAGAGAAAGAGGAAAAAGAAAUCAUCACGUUGCAUCACGUAUUUAAUCACACACAUACAUACACAAUACACAUGUAGUGUUCAUGUGAAUCAUGUUUAUUUAUUUUUAUUUGUGGUUAGCUCGUUUAGAAGUGUCAAUGUUUUGAUAUGAGUAAUAAAUUGUUAAUUAAAUUAGAUAAAAUCAAAUGGAUAAAUAAAUAAUUAUAUUUAAAAAAAUAUGAUUCCAUGUAUUUACAAAAUAGCAUAUCGACGAACAAUGGUUAAGAAUAUUUGGUGUAGAAAAUUAUGUCGUGAUAUUGCUUCUUGGCCUCGAACAAAAAGUCAUUUGUACUCAUUUACUAAUGCCAAACAAUUUACUGAGCCAAGAUAUCAAAAUAAUAUUUCAUUAGGAUAUAUUAAUUAUCGUGUUAUUAUACUUUUAUUAUGGACAAUAAUAAUAUUAUGUUCAAUGUUUGAAAUUGGAAGUUUUAAACCACAUGGACAUAAUUAUUUAUGGCCAAUUUAUUUAACAAAUUGGGAUUUAACAUUUGGCUUUGUACAAUCAAUACUUGGAUUUAUUAUUGUUAAAAAAAGAUGGAAUUUACAAAAACAAAAAUCAUCAUCAACACCAACAGCACCAGCAACAGCAACAGCUGAUCAUCAUCAUCAUCAUAAUUUAAAAUAUGAUAAAAUUGUAAAAUUAUAUUGGUUUUUUUAUACUGUAACAUUGACACUUGCAAUUGGUGUUACAGCAUCAUAUUGGAUACUUGUUUAUAAUCCAAAAUAUCAUUCAAUUGAUCCAUUAAAUAUUAUGAUACAUGUAUGUAAUAGUAUAUUAAUUAUUUGUGAUUUUAUUGUGACAAAUGUACCAUUGAAAUAUCGUCAUUUUUGGUGGUCUAUAUCAAUUAUUUUAAUAUAUAUUAUAUUUACAAUAAUAUAUUUUAUUGCUGGUGGUACUGAUAAACGAGGUAAACAUUGUAUUUAUGAUGCAAUGGAUUGGAACAAGCCCAUUAAAACAAUAUUACUAACAGGUGGUGCUAUUAUUUGUUUGAUAAUUGUACACUGUUUAUUAUGUUAUCUGACAAUAAUCAAAGAACGUUUAUACUCUUAUUGUGAAAAUAACAAAAAUCACGAAUUACCAAUUAAUUAUCAUAAUAAUGACAUGGAAAAAUUUCAUAGUAUUGAAAUUGUUUAAUCAUUGUUUUUUUUUUUUUUUUUCUGUAUAAAACUUAUUAUAUUAGGCAUACCUAUCUUUAUAUUAUAUUAUUUAUAAUUAAAAAAGAAAAACACAUUCGAUUAUAUGACUGUAACAUAUAUAUUUGUUUGAAUAUAUAUAAUAUAAAUGGAAUCAUAGUAUUAUCAUUAUAAAUAUUAUUAUUAUUGUUAUUAAAAAUUAUUUUAAAAAAGAAAAAAAAAAUA